AUCAACUAUGUACGAAACUUUCAACCGCUCCUUUCGACCAAUCAGUAUGGGGAAUAAGCAGGAUCGGGCGAUCCAGACGGAUAACCACCUUCCUUCGCCCAGCAACUCCCCCAAUCUAACCGAUGAAGCCCAAAACUCCCACAAUGGCGCCCAACACAGGGGGGUUUGCCGCGUGCAGAGGAAGAAGGCUCCCAAGUUGGAUGCUGCUGCCACGGAUCUGGAGACGUUCCUGGAUGAUUUUGAGGAAUAUGCCGACCAGAGGCAGUGGAGCCGAAGGAUGUGGCCCUCCAAGGUCGCCGAGUACGUGGACGAAGCAGUCGUGACAUACUUUUGGACCGCUGCUUUCAAUGCCAAGAACUGGUCAGAUAUGAGAUCCCUUAUCGACGAGUACCUAGGCAACAAGAAGGUUCCUAAUGUAAUCGAAAGAGCCGAGCAGCAGUUUGAUAAACUGAGGCGAGAGGGCUUCAAUCCUGACAGGAUUGAUGGCGACGUCGCAGUGUUGGAGUACUGCCUCUGAAAGCUUGGUGUUGAGAGGGAUACUUUCAUCUGCCGAAACAUCCUCGACUGCACCCCUGAACCUCUGAGGACUGAGCUCAAGGCCAAGUACAAGAAGGGGUUCCCUAGUCUGGGAGAUUUGAGCAUGGAAGUGAUUGAACGGGUGAAGGCGAAGGAUAUAGGGGCGGUCGCGCCAGUUUCAGUUGUCUCGGCUUCGACAGUUCGAACCGUGGUAGCCUCUGUGGCGGCAUCAACAUCCCCGAUGCAAUCAGAUAUGGUUUUCACCGUAAUUGCUAGAAUGCUCGAGCAACAGAGGGCCCUCGCGGCGAAGGAAAAGGAGUUGCAAGCUAUGAGGG